CCCUGACGUCACCCCGCUCGUCAGGUGCCAUGUGACCAAAACAGAAUGAUGGCGGCCUCUGCUGCAGCCCGGUCCAGCAUGGUUCUGACUUUCAGACUGUCCCGGGUUCUCCCGAACUGCAGCAGCUGUCCCUUCAACAAGCUGAAGGCCUGUGCGAGCGGCUCGGCUCGCCCACAGAGGAGGACUUCUCUGGACAGCUUCAGGACCGCGAACCGACACCUGCAGACGGGCACAGGCCUUUACCACAGCGAGGAGGGGAGCUCCAACGCAGAGAACCCCGACGAUGUGGUGAAUGUGGUGUACGUGGAUCGGUCCGGACAGAGGAUCCCGAUUAAGGCCAAAGUGGGAGACAACGUCCUGUAUCUGGCUCACAAGCAUGGCAUCGAACUGGAAGGAGCCUGUGAGGCGUCGCUGGCCUGCUCAACGUGUCAAGUCUAUGUGAGCGCUGCUCAUUUUGACAAACUGCCAGAGCCUGAAGAGAGGGAGGAUGACAUGCUGGACAUGGCGCCCAUGCUUCAGGAGAACUCCCGACUGGGAUGCCAGAUCUUUCUCACCCGAGAGCUCGAAGGCAUGGAGCUCACCUUACCCAAAGUCACCAGGAACUUCUACGUGGACGGGCACACGCCCAAACCUCACUGAGAAGAGGUUCGCGGAAGACGACGAUGAUGAAGAAGAAGAGGAGGGAAAAAAACGAGAGGGUGUCUCUGCAACGCCCCCUCGAGUGACCACGAAGAGAUGCACGACGGUGGAUAAAGUCCGUAGCAACUCCCGACAAGUCUGAAAAAUUCCAAAGUUAGCCAACGACAGGACGCGCCUGCAGAUAGAGAUCAGGCCGUCAGACACUAAAUGAAGUGAAAUUAAUGGUUACUUUAAAAAACAGACCACUGUGAUGGUUCAACAGACAGUGUAUUUAUUCAUGUGGAGCGUUCUCAGGCAAAGCACACACACUGUUCUUUGUUAAAACAUUUCAUCGUUUGUCUUCCUACGUUUUAACAAAGUUCAUGUUUGUGCCGAUAAAACGGAACAUUCCUCGUUACAGCUCAUAUACGCACAAGUAUCACAGGACGAUGUUCUUCAGUCAUUUCUGCCACCCCGACUCACUUCUCAGAUAUUUAUGCAUAAACAUUUAUUUAGUUUUUAUGUACCAAGUUCAUGUGUAAGUGUUGUGACGGCUCAUCGGCUGUAGCAGGAGAAGAGGCCAUAUAAUGAAGAGGGCGGAUUCUUAUGACAAAUCAGUCAGAAUUCAGACUUGAAACUUGAAUUACUUCACUUAAACAUUUCAGAUUUCACAUUGUGUGCAGUGUUUCAGUGUCAGGUGGGCGGGGUGUGUUUUAAAGAACCUGCUGCAGGUGAUUCAGGUUGAUUAGAUGAUGAGAUCUGGGUCAGGUGUGUUCUGAUCCAGAGCAGCAGGAUGGAGGUGGAGAUGUUUGAAGAGCGUGUCAGCUUCAUGUUACCAUGGGAUGAGUUUACCACUUCUGUUGUGUAGUCUACUGCACAAACAUACGCACAAGUGUCAGUCGUGUUUGUCAUGUCGUAGAACUCUACGAAUAUUUAAAGUUGUGCAAUAAAAUCUGUUUUAAAAGUUA